UUCGUGCACUCUGUGGUACCGCUAGCGUGCAGAACCGAAGGACUUCCGCUUGGGGAAGGUCGCAUCGCCACCCCCAGCAGACUCAGGAGUGCUUCGAGCGGCGGCGUGCCAACCGGGUCCCGUCCAGCCGCGUCCGAAAAAGCGGUCGGCCGAAAAAGGCUUCUGGUAAUUGCGGCGGCGGCAGUGGUCGAAAUUCGCGGUAAAGUCGACUAAUUGGACGUUCCUUUUGUCGGAGAGUUUGCAGUGUUUCGCACGUUUGACCUUCGUCGAGCUUAUUCCGGUUUGUGGACUUUAUGCAAAUGAGCCCGAACAAGAAGUGACUACCAAGUUCGAUCAUGCUUGCGAAUUUUUCUAGUUUUUUGCCGGAGCCAGUGGACGAGUGAUAAAAGCUUUACGGCGGACCGCUAAAAGAACCGAUAAACGGGCCGAGUUUGCUCAGGCAUAAGAAUGUUAACAAAAGUAAACUUUGGUGGCAAAAAACAAGAGUGAAGUAGAGGCGAAGAGUUGACAGAAGCAGCGAGAUCUGUCAAUAUUGACAAGACUGUGACGAGCGCCCACUCGCGUUCUUCCUCUUCGUUCAGUGUCCUUCGGAUUGUUGUGUGCGCUAACGUUUUAUAACUUAAGGAUAUUUACCGCCACGCUUCGCCUAACCUCAUUCUACACCGACAAUAAUUAGUGAAACUCUAUGUUGUUUAAUUUGGAUUUCCUAUGCAUGUAAUCGUCUUCACAAUUCGGCAGUUUUUCCAGUGACUUUGCCAUGGGCUGAUUCGCAGUCGCCAGCGUGAUUAAAGAUCCUUGCAUCAACACCUCUCCAUCAUCUUGGUGUGCAUGAAAGAAAGGUUUCUUCGCCGUCCCUUCCAGUGCGGCUAGAAAUGCCAGCAUCACCAAGUGCCUAAACCGCAGCUCAAAAUCUGUGAUAAUGGAUAUAACCGAAGCGUUCCGCAGCGAGGACAUAACAAAAACUGAUUUUUUCGAUUUCGUGGUGACGCCGGAUUCGAACGACACCCACUCCAUUCAACAAUUCACCAAGCAGAUGCGUACAGUGAACGCGUUCCUAGGUAACACGAGUCCCGAAGGCAGCAAAGAAACGAACAACAACAUGUUGACGACAGAAAUGAAUCACGUCCCCACGACGACGUCGGACGGCAACUUCGAUUCGAACUUCUGGAGCGACAAAGAGACGGUUCGGAUAGAAACCGCCAUCUUGGAGGACCUGAACAAGUACUGCUGGAGCGGCGAGGAGGGGAACGGGGUGGUCGCUAACCAGAAGGGCGGAAACACCGACGGGCAGAUCUACACACUAACAGUAUUAAACGGGAUAGACCAGAACGCCACAUGGUACAGGCCUCCCCUAUCUGCCAUAGGGAUAGUCAAGGAGGAGGACGUCAGUCCGGGCUCGAUGGAGCCCCUCCAAGGGGGCCUGGACAUAGACUCGAUCCUCAACAUCAUCCCGGGACAGAUGAACGGUUUCAACAACAACUACAACGAAAGUACAAUGAGUCCAAAUACCGAUGGGCUGAUCAAGUCGGAAACCUACACGUACGAAGAUAGUGGGUUCGCUGACAAUAAAGACGAAUUAGCUAAUUCACUUAUUAUAGAUACGCCUCUGCUCGAGGCGCACGAUAGUUUUAAUAAUAACAAUAACGAUUGGAAAUUAAGUAAUAAUAACACUACUAAUAACGGUUCGCCGGAUUCUUUGUUACGUAGCGCUUUGCAAGGUAAAGCUUUCGUACGUUAUAAUGGAACUGUGAAGACGAACAAAGUCGAGAAUAAUACGGAGUUGAGGCGGGUGUUGUCGACGCCCCCGGCCAAAACCGAAGGCAUCUACAUCAAAGAAGAACCACAGGAACACAUACCGACGAUAGUCGCCGGAAUCGACGCUAACGGUAAGGUGGUCUUCGAAGAGCACAUGCCGCAACGGACGGAAGAGAGCAACCCCGCCGGCUCGCACAACGUCGACGACCUACUGCUGUCGCAGCUCGACCAGUCGUUCCCCGAAGACUUCGAGAAGCUGAAGAGGAUCGCGAACGAGGUGGCCGAGUCCGUGAACCAGUACUGCCAGAUCGACACCUCCGCCGACAACGCCGUCUAUAGUAUUAGUUCCGAUCAGAUCGGCCUCCUCAACAACCUCAACUCGCCCAUCCAGAUCGCCGCCCCUUCCGUGACCAGCAGCAAGCCCGCGACGAAGAAAUACAAGCGUUCAAACAGCAGCACCAAAGCACAAACGACGGUACAAAACGCCACCUCGACCAGCAACGGCGUGCGCAAGGAGCGGUCCCUGCACUACUGCAGCAUCUGCUCGAAGGGCUUCAAGGACAAGUACUCGGUGAACGUGCACAUCAGAACGCACACGGGCGAGAAGCCGUUCGCGUGCAGCCUCUGCGGGAAGAGCUUCCGGCAGAAGGCGCACCUCGCCAAGCACUACCAGACGCACAUAGCGCAGAAGAACGCGGCGGCCGCCGGCAGCGUCGCCGCCGCCAAGGCCAAGUCCAGGUAGCUCGGAGGCGGCCGACGGAGUGUGGGGGCGGCGCCCCUCGGUACCUAAAUUAUUUAUUUAUUUAUUCUAGACUCGGCCGGCGACAUUCCGUCCACGCACAAAUCCCUGCCGAUCAUUGGUGACUUGAACAGCAACGAAAAACAAAUACUCAUCGCGUACUACAAUUGUCAAAUUUGCCGAUUUGCCAAUUUUGUUCCUAGCAUUGUUUGUUUUGUUGAUUUUUUUUUUAUAUUACUAUGUGCUGUGAUUAUGUGAAAUUUAUUCAAAAGUAAUCGGAAUUUUGUGUAUUUAUUGUAUGGAGAUCUGCCUAAAAUUUCUUGCCAUUUCUGUAUUAUCGCGUACUUGGUAAAAUUUAGUUCUUUUAAUUUAUUUAUCGUACGUUUAGGUUGUUGCGCGGGGCGGGGCGGCUAAUUGUUUCUGUCCGUUUCCUAAUGUUUAAAAGUAUUAUUGUUCCGCCUCCGCUUAGGUUACUCGACGGUGCUUCGACGAAGCAUUUAAUCUAGAUACAGGCUUUUAGUUAUGCUAGUGCCUAGUUUUAGGAAAACUUCAGUUUACCAUAUGUCAAGGCAUUAAAUGACCUUUUUACCUUAUAAUACUCACUUUGUAAAAUAAAAACGUUAUUUUGUAUAUUGACUAGUAUAAUUGUUGUACACAUUGCAAAUGUGAGUACAAAUGCGACCGGGUCGCCUAAUUUGUUAUUUUCUAAUCCUUACCAUCUUAGAAUUGUUAUCUAUGUUAUAAAUGUUUACGUAUGUUACAAUUGUUUUGUAAAUCGAUCAUACUUAAUGCUCUUGUUUACUAAUUAUUUUGUAUUAUAAUCAGUAUUUGUUGAUUUUUUUUGUAAAUGUUCUUAAUUCUAUUUAUGACAGUUUGCCAUGGUAAAGGGAUUUAUAUUAUUAUUAUGUUUUUUGUUCUAUUUGGAUCUCAUUCAAUUUAGUUUUUUUUUGCUUGCUUCAUCGGCUCAUUACUGCCAACGUUUCUCAACUGUGUUCUCUCUGAAAGACAAUACUCAAAUAGACUACAUAUACGUACGAAAAUAUGUACAUCCAGACACUUUUUUAUAUAAACUUUUGUUUAUAU